CGGUAUCGUGUUGACGUUGCCUUAUAUGGUGCGGCCAUCACAAAGCUGCUCAGCCGCCGCCGUCUUCGCCGCCUCGGACCGAGAGCUUCGUCAGGCGACUCCUGGGAUUUAUAUUUUGGGGUUUAUUUUUCUUUACGGAGAUUACGCGAGCGUCCAUUGAUCCGCAACUCCCAGGAUGGGUCGCAUUUUCCUGGACCACAUCGGCGGCACUCGGCUCUUCUCGUGCGCGAACUGCGAUACGAUCCUGACGAACCGCUCCGAGCUUAUCUCCACGAGAUUCACAGGGGCCACGGGACGCGCCUUCCUCUUCAAUAAAGUGGUGAACCUGUCGUUCAGUGAGGUUCAGGACCGGGUGAUGCUCACGGGCCGCCACAUGGUGCGUGACGUGAGCUGCAAGAACUGCAACAGCAAGCUGGGCUGGAUGUACGAGUUCGCCACCGAGGACAACCAACGCUACAAGGAGGGCCGCGUGAUCCUGGAGCGCGCUCUCGUGCGAGAGAGCGAGGGAUUCGAGGAGCAUGUCCCCGCCGACGGCUCGUGAGGGGAGAUGGGAGGGCACCGUCGCACGCACGCGCAGCUACAAACGCACGUCAACACACAAACAGGGUCAAUGGAUAUCUGUGGAAGCAUUAACGUUGGUUUAGCAAAUCGUGUAGGCCAGGGCUUAAUUGCAGUAAGGUCUGUUUGGGUUGGCGACCUAGAAAAUGUUUCUGCAACCGGUAAACCAGUAUACCUCUUCUUAUGGCUGUGGAUGUUAUGUGCCACCUACUCUAGACUACCAUCAAGCAGGAAACUGUUCAGUGAGAAAUUAAGCCUCAGGUGUUGGUGUCUGGAAGCGAAAGAAGGUUUUUCCCUUGAGUUAAAUCUAAAUUUUCGCAUUGUGGAGCUCGUAGAGUCAGUCGGGGCAUUCCACCAGCCUCACGCAUUAAUUUUGCUGUUCCAUACGGCCAGUUGAAAGAUACUUUCCCCAUUUCGUUUCAAUUAAUACGUUCACUUCUGACAGGAAACCCUCAGGGAAACCUGACUCCUCUUGCAACUUACAGUUCCAGGCGCUGCCAGAACCUCGCUUCAGAACAUUUUAACUUAUUAAAUGUGGAGACAUAUUUGCCUCAUUUUCAUAAAAUGGGCAACGACUCAAAUUAAUGACGUUUUGAUAGCUUGAACUUUGCGCUUCUGCAUAUUUCUAUUUGCCUUGACACACAAGGGCUCAUUGGCUGCAUAGCCCGUAAUAACGCGGGGUAAUUUUGUGUAAAUCAAGACGCAGAGCAUGCGGUUUGGCGAUGUCUGCAGAAAUGCAGUCGUUUGCAUGCCUUUGCACUUCCCUCCUGAUUUAUGCGGUUGCCCUUCAGUCACUUUUUUUAGUCUGGUAUCUAGAUCUACAGCAACACACAUACAUUAUUUACAUGUUUUUAUACGUAUCUGCAUCGAGCGUUGCUUCGAAUGUCGGGCACUUGAGUGCAUUUGUCAAUAGGCAAUUAAUGUUAGCUGAGCUGAUUUAUUUAGUUGAUUUAAGACGUACAGUAUAUGAAACUAAAUGUAAACUGACAGGUUUACGCAAUAUGUUUAUUAAGUGGUAGAGAGUAAAGUGUUAUGUGUACAAGCUAGCUGUCAGUGAUGUGUUGAUGCGUUUUCUUAAGCAAUGAACAGGUAACGAAAGUGCGAUCGUUAGGCGGUAGCCGGGGGGUUUAGUUGCUUUAAACUAUCGAGGGCCAGGCAUGAUGCCGCUCGGAGUCCCUGCCGCACACACCUGCAUGAUCCGUGCUGCCUGAUUGAUCGCGUUAGCCAGACAUGCCUCUGAAUUUGGCUAAAAUAAGCUCGUAUCGAAACGCUCCUAAAACAUUUUGUCUCGAGUCUCUCAGGCACUCUCAUGCCUCUUGAGGACAGCUCUAGAGCAAUUGCACAAAAUUAAAAUGAUUUGGCAGUACACCAAUUGUAUAAUUAAACAGUUAAAACCCGAAUGUUUAUUUUUAGGAGCAGCAUAAAGUGUCAACACACCAUAUUUAUUGAAACGUGCACGGUUUACACGUUGCGUUGGAUAGCCUGUACAAUGUAGGAUUGUUCACGCCUCUUGCUCUGGCCAGAUCGGAACAAAUUGUCCCCUCCUGCCUUGCCCCUUGCCUUCAUCGCCAGCUAUUAUCAAUCCACUGCUGGAUGAAAGUCUCCCCAAGAUCAAGCAUGUUAACUGUGACUAACCUAAUGCGUUACAUGUAUACUUGUAUAUUAACAUAAUAUAUAUUCAUACAAAUACAUUAACCCCUCUGGGUCCUUCUCACGUGGAGGCACACGUUGAUGAUGUCACCUUCCCCUAUUUAAGACCGAAAAACAGGAAGAAAUCUUCACACUUCUGGCAAAAUGCCUGAGGGUGCUGGUUGUAAUCACCAACAGAACAUCCUCAAUUGUUAACGUUGUGGGCUUGCUCUCCGUUUUGUUCACGUCACAAACCUUAUAAAUUGGCUGUGCCAGGUGGAGGUGAAUGAAAUUUUACUCUUGGCCGGUUUGUGGUCACAGUGCCUGAGAUCAGCCUCGGGCCAUGAGGUGCCCCCAUUGCCCAGGCAGAUCACUCUACGCUGAUAAUUUUUUUGGGGAAGGUGAUUGGGACCAUAAAAUUGCUGGGUUUAUUUUUUCAUCCAGUAGUGGAUUGACCAUGGCCGGUGAUGCUUUUUCUUGAAAAGGUAGUUUUUUGAUUGAAAAUUAGGUUCUUGAAAAUACAAUGGCUAGACAACCUGUAAUGAUUGUCACUCAAGACUGACAUAUUUUUCAAGAUUCUACAUUUAGGGUGCAGUGAGUAAGAAGAGUUAUAUUCACUCGUGGAGUAAUUUAUUCAGAUUUGAAACUCCAGUGAGUGCCAGUCACAUGUAGGUGGACCACUAUGGUGUAAACAGUGUGUGUGCAUAAUUAUAUGUAUAUAUUUCAGUGGAACAAAUCACCAAGGGACUUGUCAUGAUCACAAUCCAGGAAUCAAACGCCACAUUCAUCAUUAACACUGCCUGAGAAAAUUAUAGAAUAACGUUGCAGACAAUGGCCCUACAUCAGUGCAGCUGACAUGGUGAGUAAAUAUCCAAAUGGCCUGUUCAAAUACCGUUUAGACAUUUUAACUGUGCAUACCAGUACAAGAUGCAGCGUCUCAUGUGCAUAGGCAAGUAAUGUUCAUCGCGAAUUAUCAAGGUGUGCAUGCAGUGAAAUUGAAAUGGCACCAACUUAAUAUGGAAUGGUCCCAGAAAAACCCCUGUUCAUAAGCGUCAGGAUACCAUCGUGGUUUAAGCACACUGGACUGAGAAUCCGAGAUGUUGCCGGUUAAAUCUCCCAGCACAGCUGUUGAACUAUUGGGUAAAGUUUCUUAAACCCCCACAUCCUCUGUCCAUCCAGAAGUAUAGGUACAUCACGGUCGGUCCACAGGAGGCCCUGUUUAUUCGGGUAAAGUUUGGGUACUCUCACUUCUAAGAUAUCUGGCCAGCAUGGAAAAGUAGGCCAAAUACCCUCCAAAUGACUUUCGACUAGGGCUCCAUUCUCACACCACUGCUGGCCAAAAGGCCAGCAGUGGUGUGAGAAAGCAUUUGCAGGUCCUGCCCCUUUACCUUUUACCAGAAGCGUAUGUAUCUGAGAGGCGCACCGAUUAUACUCCUCAUGAGGCUGAUUAUAUAGUUUGAUUAAUUUGACUCAUUCCAAGUCCAGGUGUUCAUUAUAAAACGUGUUAAGAAUAAUUGUGUCGGGAUUAUAAUGGGGUGCGGUGUCCCAAAUUUAGGACUGCGGAGGCACGUUAACAAACACUUGAAGUGUAAUUUGGCCUUGCUGGCCUUAAACAAAAAAAAUCGUUGUUUUUGAUCCAGACAAAAUGCCUGGUAAAUAUAAUUUUACAAAGGAGUUAAACUCCUUGAACUGGACGGCAUUGGUGGCAACAGUGUUUCACAAUCCCAGAACUGUGGCUUUUGUUGCAACCACCACCAUUUGGCUGAGGGGAUUUGUCUGUUGCCGAUUGCGAAUUAUUUACCUUCUAUGUUAAGUGCAACGUGUAUGUAAGUUGGGCCACAGUUAUACACACACAGAGCAUAGUACAUAGUAUUGUGUACCCUGGUUUGCAUUAGGCAGGGUGUUUAUAUUUAGUUUGGUCGUGUGAAAUGUUGGAAUAUAAAAUAAAUACAUUUUAAACAUU